GGGCUUCAGAUAUUUCUAUAUUGUCUUGUAUUGUUACUUCGUCUUUGCGUUUGUGUUUCUAUCCUGUACGAGUCGUCUACAUACCUUAUUUAUCAAAUUGCAUGGUCCACAUCCACAUCUUCCUCUAUCAAAAUGUCAGACUCAGAGAGUAGUGCCUCGAAUCCCAAGGAUGCCCUCUACGAAUCCAUCCACAACAACCGCACAUCAGAUCCCCAAACCCCCAUGGCCCGCACUCCCACGCACAAAUCCACACAUUCCCGUCGCGGUAGCAACACACUGCAAAACAUCCCAACCCAUCUCUCGCAUAAAGAAACUCGCGACCCGAAUCUCGAUAUCAAUCUUCCCUAUCGAACUCUCAGUCCCAAUGCCAAUCUCUCCGAAUACACAACCGAGAAACCAGAAGGUGAAAUCCCCUCGACGAAUGGAAAUGGAAAGAUAGAUUAUAAACUCGUCACCUUCCUCCCUGAUGAUCCGGAAAAUCCAAAAAAUUGGUCAAAGGCGUUUAAAUGGUAUAUCACCAUGGUGGUUGCAUCAACGUGUUUUGUCGUUGCCCUCGCUUCGUCGAUUAUCACGGCGGAUCUGAUUGGAGUAGAGGAAGAGUUUAAUGUUUCUGAAGAGGUCGCACUUGUCAGUAUUACGGUUUUUGUGAUGGGUUUUGGUAUUGGCCCCAUGAUGUUUGCUCCUCUAUCCGAAGUCGUCGGUCGCCGCUGGAUAUACGGAGUUACAUUAUUCCUAGCCGUGAUCUUCAUCAUUCCCUGCGCCGUCGCCCAAAAUAUCGAAACCCUCCUCAUCUGUCGCGCUCUCGAUGGAAUCUGGUUCUCCGCUCCCAUGACCCUCGUAGGUGGUACCCUCGCCGAUCUCUGGCGCACCGAAGAACGCGGUGUCCCCAUGGCUGCCUUCUCCGCAGCCCCUUUCAUCGGUCCCGCCAUCGGUCCUCUCAUCGGUGGAUUCCUUUCCGAUGCUGCAGGCUGGCGCUGGCUCUACUACAUCCAGAUCAUCUUCGCCUUCAUCGUCUGGAUUCUCAUCACCUUCACAGUCCCCGAAACAUACGCUCCCACCAUCCUCGCGCGACGAGCGAAGAAAAUGCGCGAGCAAACUGGGGAACAGGAACACGUCACAGAACAAGAUCUCGAUCUAAGACCUUUUGCAGAACGGCUCCGCAUUUUCUUGAUUCGUCCUUUCCAGCUUCUUUUCGGAGAACUCAUCGUCUUCCUCAUUUCUCUCUACAUGAGCGUCCUCUACGGCCUCCUCUACAUGUUCUUCGUCGCCUUCCCCAUCGUUUAUCAAGAAGGGAAAGGUUACUCCGCAGGCACCACAGGACUCAUGUUCAUCCCACUCGCUCUCGGGGUCAUCGCAUCUGCUCUCUGCGCACCAAUUGUAAACCGCAACUACAUGACUCAGGUACGAAAAUACAAUGGACAUCCUCCCGCCGAAGUAAGAUUAAUUCCCAUGAUGUGUUCAUGCUGGUUCAUCCCCAUUGGACUCUUCAUCUUCGCCUGGACUUCCUACCCUCAUCUCCAUUGGAUCGGUCCGGCUAUCGGUGGCUUCCCCGUUGGAUUCGGAUUCAUCUUCCUAUACAAUGCGGCGAAUAAUUAUCUAGUCGAUUCCUAUCAACACCAAGCAGCUUCAGCGCUCGCAGCGAAAACUUUCCUGAGAUCGUUUUGGGGCGCUGCAGUGGUUCUUUUUACGGAACAAAUGUAUGCUCGCUUGGGAUAUCAAUGGGCCAGUUCGCUUUUGGGCUUUAUAGCGUUGGCGUGCUGUGCGAUUCCGUUUGUGUUCUGGGUGUGGGGCGCGAAGAUUAGAGAGAAGAGUCGGUUUGCUUAUGCGGGAGGGGAUGAGGAGGGAUUGGGGAAGAAGGAGGAGGGGGAGAGGAGAGCCGGAGAGGAAGAGUUAGAGAGGCAGAGGAGUUAUGUUAGUACGCCUUAGGCUUAGGGGGUGUCAAGAUGGUGGUUUGAGAGAUUUCCGGGGCCGGGGGAAGUUGGAGAUGAAGAAGUGAUUAAUGAUUUUUAUGAGGGGAUGUAUCGAGAGAUUAAUGAAACAGGAUGCUUUUUGGUGGGCGUUACGAGUAGAAGUAUGAGAUUCCCAAUAGAUUUGUAUUAACAGUUUCGCAUUAUAAUAGUUUAGAUGCUCCAAUAGAAAUUACAGAAUAAUCUUCACA